ACUGGCUGUAUCAAAAUGAUAAUUCAAUUAUUUUCCAUAUAUUUUUGCGCACUGGUACUUAGCGCUAAUGCGGCGGUAUCAUUUGUUCCAGGAUGUGAUUGCCAGAACCCGACUUACAUUGAUCAACCAGACAAUAUAGUACAAUGUUGGUCCAAAUUGAAAUUUUAUAACCAAAUCGAUGAAAAUUUCGCCCUCCAAUAUGGCUUUUUGGAUCAAGGAACUGCAAUGGGUUGCAAUUACACCGACUACAGGAAGGCAGUGGAUGAUUUCAAAACAGCAUCAAAACACAUUGUGGAUACGUAUUUCGGUUAUAAGAAAAGCGACUGCGAACCAGCUGUCUAUAGUGGGCUGGACAACUGGAAAAAACUUUUGACGGACACAUUUUAUCCAUUUAUGGCUUGCACUUACGUAUACUAUCCACCCGAAUGUGCAGUAAAUAUCAAACAUUCCGUGUACUUCAGUGCAGAGAAUUUAGUAACUACCUUGGUUGAGUGUGCUAGACUCAAAAGAACCAGCCAACGACCUGAUUUCCGACUUUUAGUGAACGAGCUUUUAUUUAAAAAGCCCUUUGAAUGUAACUGUAUGAAGAUAGAUCCAAGGCCGAUUCCUGUCAGUGAGGAGCAGUGCUAUUCAGCAGAAUAUUUUUCUACCGUAAAAUCUUGGAUUAGUGACAAUUUCCGUCGAGUUAAAGAGACUUUCAACAAUGCCAGCAAGGCUAAUCCCGAAUGCAAUUACUCUGAGUUUAUCCAGAAUGCAAUUGGAUUGGAGGAGAGAACGAACGAAUGGAUUACGAUUCUACAAUGUCCCAGCCCAACAUUUGAACAAUUGAAUCUAUUUCGUGCAGAGUUGUUGGAAAAAGGUCUGGAAACGAACAAAUUAACUCGCAAUUAUGUUUUGGAGCAGCCGAAAAAAUGCUACUUUACCCCAAGACAAUUACGACAAUCGGCAUUGACAAUUUCUCAUUAUAUAAUUCAGAUUUUAUCAAAAUGUGUAUCGUACAAGGACGCACAGAAUUCCUAUUGUUAAUUUCACCAAUAAAACGAAUGCAAUCUAUUUGACAAA